AUGUCUUGCUGCUCUCGCUCGCUGCUCUUGCUUGCUGCUCUCGCUCGCUGCUCUUGCUCGCUGCUCUUGCUCGCUGCUCUUGCUCGCUGCUCUCGCUCGCUGCUCUCGCUCGCUGCUCUUGCUUGCUGCUCUCGCUCGCUGCUCUCGCUCGCUGCUCUUGCUCGCUGCUCUUGCUCGCUGCUCUUGCUCGCUGCUCUUGCUCGCUGCUCUCGCUCGCUGCUCUCGCUCGCUGCUCUCACUCCCAGUUUCACUUCCUCUGAAUCAUAA